AUGAAUAUAUUAGAUAUUUCACAGCUAUAUUGGUCUACGUAUUUAUCGUCACUAGUAUAUAGUGGGACGUGGGGUUACAGUGCUACAUUACUAAAUGAUUCAAUUUUAUACAUUGGAGGAAAAUUUAGUACAUUUGGUGGUGGUGGUGGUCAAACUAAUUCAAAUCAUGAG